CACAGGCGGCGGCAGCGUGCCCCGCGCGCAUGGGCGGAGCGGCGCCUGCGCACGGCGGCCCGCGGCUCGCGUCGCCCGCGCCCCCUCCCCUGCCCUCCCCCCCGACCCCCCCGCGCGGUGCCUGCGCUCCCCCCUCGCCCCCAUGCGGCGCUGAGGCGGCGGCGGCGGCGGCGGAGCGGGGCGGCCCCGGGGCGGCGGGGCCCGCGGCGCCAUGGAGGGCAUGGACGUGGACCUGGACGCGGAGCUGAUGCAGAAGUUCAGCUGCCUGGGCACCACCGACAAGGACGUGCUCAUCGGCGAGUUCCAGCGGCUCCUCGGCUUCCAGCUCAGCCCCGCCGGCUGCGCCUUCUUCCUCGACAUGACCAACUGGAAUCUACAAGCCGCCAUUGGAGCCUACUAUGAUUUUGAGAGCCCAAAUAUCAAUGUACCCUCCAUGUCCUUUGUUGAAGAUGUCACCAUAGGAGAGGGAGAGUCCAUCCCUCCUGACACCCAGUUUACAAAAACAUGGAGGAUACAGAACACAGGGACAGAGGCGUGGCCCCCAGGGGUUUGUCUGAAGUACGUUGGGGGAGACCAGUUUGGCCAUGUAAACAUGGUGAUGGUCAGGUCCCUGGAGCCCCAGGAAAUCGCAGACGUCAGCGUUCAGAUGUGCAGCCCCAGCACAGCAGGAAUGUAUCAGGGACAGUGGCGCAUGUGCACUGCCACAGGACUCUAUUACGGAGAUGUCAUCUGGGUGAUCCUCAGCGUGGAGGUUGGAGGACUUCUAGGAGUAACACAGCAGCUGUCAUCCUUUGAAACAGAGUUCAACACACAACCGCAUCGCAAGGUAGAAGGAAACUUUAACCCAUUCGCCUCUCCACAGAAGAACAGGCAACCAGAUGAAAACAACCUAAAAGACCCUGGGGGUUCCGAGCUAGGCACAAUCAGCAAAAACACAUGGGGGCCUGCUCCUGACCAAAUUGAACAAGAUCAGAAUGGACUGUCACAAAACUCUGUAAAUCUCUCCCCCAGCAGUCACUCGAACAACUUGUCGGUAGUGACAUACAGUAAGGGUUUCCACGGUCCUUAUCCCUUCGGACAGUCUUAAAACACAAAAACAAAAAACGGGUAUCGACAAGAGGAGAAUUUAACAAAGAACUGACUUAUGGGGGAAGGGAGGGGGAUUCAUGUGGCAAACAGACACAACGUGGAGCCCCCUUCUCUGCCUCCGUAUCCUGGAUAAAGAAGAAAGCAAAACAAAAACCCAGUAACUUAAGACUAGCUGUUUCCAGAGGAAAAUACAAAAUCUAAGUAUGCAUGUGUGAAUGCUGAAUUUCAGGAGUGUUGUUUAAUGCUAUGAGAAAGAAAAUACACCAACACCAUGGGUUUGUUUUUUUUUUUUUUUUUUUAGAAGUCAUUCUCACACGUAAUUAGGUAGCUUAAGUUUAAAAAGAUUAAAAUGAAAAAGCCAUCUUUGGGGAAAAAAAAUUUGCCUACAGAGCGGUUGUAGUUUGAGCAAAUGUUUAAUUUUUGUUUGUUUCCUGUUCAUAUUUUUUUAAUUAAGGGACAGCGUGCAUUUUUAUGGAACUGUCAUGUUUUGCUUGCUACCGAAUGGGAAUUUGCUUAGCAUCUUCUGGGGUUUGUGCAGUGACUUAUUUUUGUUGGACAUUUUUAAUGAGAGAGUGGGUCUUCACCCAGCUCUGCGUUUUAAUAGCACCUGCUGGUUUUAGUUACCAACUUUUUAAUCUUUUCUUAAUUCUUCUAUUUUUUCCUUUUGGUUUGGGUGUUGCUGUUAGUUGUCCUGCAUGUCACUGGAAAUGGUGCUGAAACAAGGUCUCAGUAUCACAGCUGGAAACUCUGGGACUAGGUUAAGACAACAUGGAGGGCUCAUUUCCCUUCCCCGUGUACAUGAAGUACUCGUUAAGAAGAAAGAGAUUUAUCAAAGUUCCAGAGCUGUCCUAUGUGGUUAGAAUUUUUAAGUACCUUUUUGUUAACUCUUGACGUACAGUAGCUGUGCCUAGAACAACCAAGCAAGCGUAUCAGUCUCGUGCCAAGAGGAAACUAUCUUUCCGUAGGCAUAAUUCACUUGACAGUAGUUGUAAAGCUUUACAGAAGUCAUGUCCUUUUAGUUUGAAUCUUCUAUCGCUGUCUCUCUCUUAUGCAGAAUAAGUUUCAAUUCAUUUCUCCUGUGAUAAAGUAUUAGCUUAGCAAGCAGAGGCUAAUUUGUUGCAUUUUUGAAUGUAGAGCAAGAGUUAGUAUCAUCAGCUGGAUUCUGUAUUGCCUUGUAUUCAUUCGCCUUUAUCUUACUGGCUUGUAGCUUUUUUGAGGCUUUCACCUUCUAAAUGGGCUCUCCAGGGCUUGUUUUCAGAGGAGGAAUUGUUCCUCAGACAGGUUGCUCUGCUCUUCCUCCAGUGUGUGUCCAUGGAGUUAUGGAUUAGGAAGUCCUAUGUGAGGAGAAGAACAGCCUUGAGUCCUACGAUGGGUUUCUAAAGCACUGUGUCACCACAGACCGUGCUGAAGGGGAGCAAGGUGAGGGGGCACUGUCUCUUUCAGAAACUUGAACAAGGCCAGAACAGCCAUCUGCCAAAGAUACAAUAAUAUGCAAAGCCCCUGCUACCUUCUUCCGAAUCUUUCCAGCGCGGUCUCCUUGCUCCUUUUUGAGAGCAGAGCGUGGGCCUGCUGCGUGGUGCGUGGCGUCAGGCUGAUUAUUCCUGACUGGUUUUUUCUUGGUUGCUUUUGAAUGGGGGAUUCAUUUUCACUGCAGCUGCUGAGGACUCUUAUCUUUUUAGUGCAUACAGAUGGAUCUUUUAAAGAGGACAGUGGGAGUUCCUUUUAUCUAACAGAGGGAAAAAUUGGACCUUUGGGAAAACACUAAGACGACGUAGCUCCAAGCAGACUAAGUGCUUGCUGUUAGUUCCAUGGAAACAGCUGAUAGAUUCUGUUUGUGUUUCAGAGGUUUGGUUGCUAAAGGUCACCAUGUUAUCUGAAGUCUGCCUUCAAAAAUUUUUGCAGGGAGAAACAAGUAUAACGUAAGAAGUUAUCUACCUGAAAGAGAAAUUUGGACUGCUCACCAUUUGCACGUGUGGUUUGGCAAGGAGACCUGUGUCUACCAUGGCAGUUUGCUAGAACUGGGUGAGCUGGUACAGAUGCAGACUGAACUGCCCUGAAAUGUAAAUGUGGAAGGUGGUGCUGCACUGGUUAGUGCAGCUGUAGCGCUUGGUUCUUGUCCUAUAAAAAAUCUUUUUGCCCUGGGUAAGUUGUCUUCUCUCAGUAGCUGAAUCUAGGGAAUGAUUUGCAUCGCUAUAGCAUAGCAUGGGCAAGUGGAUUCAUUCUCCACUCCCUCCUUUUUGAGCAGCUGGCUACUGUGACAAGCUUUAAAGGCAUGAAAACAUACCUGACCAUCACACCUCUUAUAAUACUGCCACUUCCCUUCUGAAAGCAUUUAAAACACUGGAGACUGCUGUUUGUCCAAGUGACAAGGUGAUUCCUUACCUUUGUUAGCUACUUUUAGCAGCUGUGUGAGGAAGGGGGUGGGGGAUAAGUUCUGGGUCUGCAUACUGUAUGUGGUGCUGCGACUGUUGCCUUGUGCCAGCUGAGGCAGCUGGGAGACCCUUGAACUCGGAUACCCCCACUCUAGCUUUUUUCUGCUCCCAGGCAUGGAUGCUCCUCCCUUAUAUAGCGGCUGCACACUUGUGUUCCUGUGCUUCUGCUGCUAAGGCUGAAUUCCUUUUCUUGAAAGAAGCUUGCAUGCACCCCAGGUCGUCGUGUGCUUUCCCACUCAGAAGGCGUACUUGUUCUGCACAGAUUUGAAUUCGCUCUCCUCUUAAGUGUUUUCAGUCUGUGGUGUCCUCGUGACAAGGGUCACUUAUUCCGAGGUGUGAAGAAAGGCAGGGCCACAUCUGAGUUGCUGCUGGAGUCUGCAGCCUCUUGCUACUCACAUUACGGCUGUUCCCCAGGUAGCUGAGGGCAAGCACUCUUGUCUGUGGGAAUGAUUGCCCCGCAGAUGAUUGCAAAGUGCUCUAAAUGCUUUGAGGGUUAGGGUUAUAACCCCUGCUGUGACAGUAGAAGAAUGUUUAAAUUAGUGGUUAUCCUACCUCUC